UCACUCAAAACAAACCAACAUCACUCAUCCAGAUCGCCAUCAUCCUCCUAAUGGCAGAACGCAUUAUAAACAUUAAAUUCGUUGUCCUGAACUGUAAAAUAUAAAGCAUUAAUAAAAGCCGGUUUACCGAAGUGAUAACUAUCGUUGAAAAUAUCUGAUAUAGCUCUAUUGAGUGAAAGUAGAUAAAAGAUGACCUCCGUUCAUACACCAUCAGUUUCACUAAGCAAAUAUCGAGAUCAGCACUUCAAGGGAUCACGACACGAACAGGAACGGCUGCUCCGACUCUCUUCUACGCUAUAUAUCGGAAACCUGAGCUUCUACACCACUGAGGAGCAAAUCCACGAACUGUUCUCCCGAUGCGGUGAUAUCCGGCGCAUUGUAAUGGGGUUGGACAAGUUCAAGAAAACACCUUGCGGUUUCUGUUUCGUGGAAUACUAUGCUCGUAACGAUGCAGAAAGCGCUAUGCGAUACAUAAAUGGAACCCGAUUGGACGAUCGAAUCGUUCGGGUCGAUUGGGAUGCUGGGUUCAUUGAGGGACGACAGUACGGUCGCGGAAAAAGCGGCGGACAAGUCCGUGACGAAUACCGACAGGACCACGAUCUCGGUCGCGGAGGAUACGGCAAGAUGGUUCAGAUGGGACAGCUGGGGGCGAAUAUGCGAGAUAGUUAGGUGGGAUGUAAGAGUAAAGGGAGUUCGGAUCGUUUGUAAGUUUUCUUAUCGAAGUCAAUAUACAAAAAUGCUAAUUGAA